AAUUCUUACGAAGCCGGUGGGUACCAUCGAGUGAAGUUAGUGACGACAGGCGACGGCUCAUUGUAAAGUACAACAUGUUUAGUCAAGCCUAACCGGAAGUUUUGUAUUUGUGCCAUAUGUGAACCCUUUUUAAACGUAUUAAUGAGAAGUAUAUGUUGUUGUUAUUAUUUUUAAGUACGUACCUGCGUUGUUAGUCUAUUGUACGUUCGUUGCGUCCGCAACAUUGUAGUUUUGUUUUGUAAAGUAAUACCGCAUAAACAGAUUGAAUAACUAGCUUGACGCUGAGCGGUCAAACCGGAAACUAAACAACAAACUGGAAUUUGAAGCAUCUUACGUGUCACUAACCGGAGAGAGCAGCCGUGGACCGCAGCAACGUCAUUUCCAGAGUCUUCAUUGAUGAGCCCAGGUUGCCCCGGUAACGGUCGAUAGAGACAGCGAGCAUGAAGGCUUUGAUUUUGGUCGGAGGUUACGGUACGCGCCUGCGACCGCUCACCCUGAGUGUCCCCAAGCCUCUGGUGGACUUCUGCAACAAGCCCAUCCUGCUCCACCAGGUGGAGGCGCUGGUCAAGGCUGGGGUUGACCACGUGGUCUUGGCGGUGAGCUACAUGUCCGAGCUGCUGGAGAGAGAGAUGAAGAUCCAGGAGCAGAGACUUGGCAUUCGUAUCUCUCUUUCACAUGAGACGGAGCCUCUUGGAACGGCGGGUCCGCUGGCGUUGGCUCGGGAGCUGUUGGAAGUCGACAACGAGCCCUUCUUCGUCCUCAACUCGGAUGUCAUCUGUGACUUUCCCUUCCAAGAUCUCCUGCAGUUCCACCGAAACCACGGCCAAGAGGGCACCAUUGUGGUGACGCGGGUGGAGGAGCCGUCUAAAUACGGCGUGGUGGUGUUUGAGGCGGACAGCGGCAAGAUCCAUCGCUUUGUGGAGAAGCCUCAGGUCUUUGUCUCCAACAAGAUCAACGCCGGCAUAUACAUUUUCAAUCCCAGCAUGCUCGGCAGAAUUCAGCUCAGGCCAACAUCCAUAGAAAAAGAGAUUUUUCCCGUCAUGGCUGAGGAGGGACACCUGUACGCCAUGGAGCUGCAGGGUUUCUGGAUGGACAUCGGUCAGCCCAAAGACUUCCUGACAGGAAUGUGCAUGUACCUGCAGUCGCUACGGCAACACGCCCCAGAGAGGCUGCGCACGGGCCCCGGGUUCCUCGGCAACGUUCUGGUGGACCCGACCGCUCAGAUCGGCGACAACUGCACCAUCGGGCCCAACGUGACCAUCGGCGCCGGCGUGGUGGUGGAAGACGGCGUGAGGAUAAAGCGCUGCACGGUGCUGAAGGCGGCCAGAGUCCGCUCGCAUUCCUGGCUGGAGAGCUGCAUCGUGGGCUGGAGCUCCUCCGUGGGCCAGUGGGUCCGCAUGGAGAACGUGACCGUGUUGGGGGAGGACGUCAUCGUCCACGACGAGCUCUAUCUAAACGGCGCAAACGUUUUGCCGCACAAAUCCAUAAGCGAGUCGGUGCCGGAACCGCGGAUCAUCAUGUAGCGUCAUCGGGACGACCGUCUUCUCCUAUGAACUCGAAUGAACAUCCAAACAAAUUCAGAAUGAGUCGAUGGUACCGAGGAGGAACCAGAGAAACCUUUAUUUUUUUUUCCCUUUUCGUUGUGGUUUUGAGCCGUACUUGCCUGUCUUCCAGGCUCAGAUCAUGUGACGGAGACAUCAAGAAGGACCAUGGUUCAAUGUCUGAGCUGUGAGCACCACUUUAAUACAAGAAGGCUCUUUACAGAGUAAAGGACCGCGCUUCAUUCAUGCACUGAA